UCGUCCUCGACGCGUCAGACCGCUACCGCCCUCCGUGUAAUCCUCGCUGGUCGCGCGUAAAUUGAACCCUAGCACUGCCAUUGUCGCAGAGUGAAAUAAUUGCACCGUGUCAGUGCGGAAGCCACACAGUUAUCCGUGGCCCAUCAGCCAAUACGUCCAUUUUUGGCGAAGUGCUUGUGCCCCAAAAUCGAUAUGCCUCGCCGCUCAAAAGCUUCGGCAGUGCGGGUUCCUCCCCCGCAUUUCCCCCCUUCUGACUACGACAGUACUCGAACCGCCUGCUGCACCGCUGAGGACGUCGAGAUGGCCGACAAGGUUACACCUCAUAAAGGUCCUCCGCAAGGUGAGGCGACAGACGGUGCGAGCAAACGGCAGAACAGCGAGAGAAACGCAAAACGUUGGAAAGCCGAGAUCUUCGGGCGGAUCGUUGAGCCCACGCCGGAAAUCGAGACUUUCUUGGAAGAGUUCGUCCCGUCGGAUGACAGCCACCUCGAUUGUCUCGAUACCGAAUUCAUGGCAGAGGUUCCCGCUGUUGAAGGGAAGGAGCUGACGAUGUAUGGGCCACUAGUGGAAGGCCUCACAAGCCUAGUCCGCAACUUUCCAGAAGAAAAACGACCCGUGUUCAGCAACCAUGCCCACAAGACGAUGCGCUUCCCGUUCGCAAUGUGCGACGACGAAGAGCAUUCCACGAUGCCGGAUGUCACUGCUACCAUCCCCGGGCUUCCGUGCAUCCCGCCUGUUGAUCGUUGGCGGAACGUCGUCCUUGUCUUCGAAGCCAAAGCCACUGCUACACAAGACCCCAUGGUACGAUAUACGGAGCAUCACGAGAAGACGCUCGUCCAGCUUGCGAUGAGUGCGCGUAACAUCAUGCUCGCUCAGGGGAGGUUGUUUGCGUUCGUCGUCGGAAUCUACGGACACGAGGCACGCAUCUUCCGGUUCGAUCGAGCAGGAGCUAUAUCUUCUCCGCUGUUCAACUACGUAACGGAACCCCAACACCUGCAUAACUUCUUGUGGCGGUUUCUCAACCCUGUGGAGGAGGAUUGUUUGGUGGUCGGUGACGAUCCGACGUCCACUCUCGGCACCCACGAGGACCGUCAGCUGGUGCAGGAUCUGACAGCUGCCCACGACCCUGAGUACGAAUAUACGCAGGAAAACAGGAAGGCGGUUCGUCGAUUCGUGGUGCAUCACGGCGAGAACGACAAGACGGAGUAUCUGGCAUACAAGCUGAUAUCCGUUAACCCGCGGCUCUUCUCGCGCGCGACCAAGGGGCAAUCUAUCGGAGAAUUUUGGACCGCAGGUCUCAAAAGCUUAGCGCCGUCCCCCGAACACCAAACCGACCACCACCACUCUGAUAAGAUGGUAGAUUAGAUGAAAAUAAGCAAUCCGCGCGAUCGUACAG